UGAUGGGAGUCUGACGGUCACUGUAGCAGGAAACAAAACAGAAGAAGAAGAAACCACUUCCGGUGAGGGUUGCACGGUCACAGCGCAGGUUGCUGUUCUGCUCUUCAUCACCCUAUUUAACAGUGCAAGAUGCUGAUCCGCACUGUGAUAACAAAGAAGAUCGUUGUGGACAUUACUUUCACCGUUCUUUUAAUUUGACUUUGAGUGCGUGACCGCUAAUAGGAAAAGUAACAUUAAAAAAGUGGCUGUGUUACGCUAACAAGCACAAGCUAGAGUAAGCUAGUAGUAGCUAACAUCCUCACCAAGAUGGACGAAGCUGAGACCAGGGAGGACGGAGCUGAAAACGAGCCCCGCAGUGGAGACCGAGCGGAUGGACACGGCGUGGACCCUUCCACUGAGGACACCACUGAAGGGGUUGGGGUUUUCCAGGAUCAGGAUUAUGGAGAAGCCCUCAGAGAAGAUGCAGUCUCCAUGGAGCAAGACCAUCAGCAACUGCAAGAAAACAUCUUUUUAGAUGACCAGUUGGAUGGUUUACAUGGCGCAGAAAAGGACAAAACGCCUUCUUUCUGUACUUUAUGUUCACUCUCAUUUAUUGAUCUGAGUGAAUUCAAUAUGCACAUGGAAAAGUACCAUGCCGAAAGGACCUCUCGAAAGGAGUCUGGCAUUCAAGUGAAUACAGGAACAACAAAGCAACACAUCUAUGAAUGUCCAGAGUGUGGGAAAAGUUACGGUGUAAUUGGACACUUUCUUAACCAUCAGCGCUCGCACAGACAAGCUUCCAAAUCUGUUUUUCAUGACCUCGAACAUUUGAAAAAGAAGUCAUUUCAGUGCGAAUCUUGUGGACGCAAUUAUUCCCGCGCUUCAGCUCUUGACGCGCAUCGUCGCUGUCAUGAGGAAAAAUUAAUAAAGUCACGAAACAGGAGUUCUGGAGAUUCUGUUAAUAGUGAUGAAGCUGCUGUUGAAGUAAAGUCAAGUGGCAAUCAGGCAGAUGAUAAUCCCCAAAACCUUUUUAGGUGUUCAUGUGGUAAAGCUUUCUCUGCUCUUACCCGCCUAAAAACACACAAACGAUUCAGCCGAAAUGCUCAAUGCACUCCAGAAGACAUGAAAGAGAAACCAAAGAAAACCUGCAAUGAAUAUUACUGUAACGAGUGCAAAAAGUCUUUCAGUGGCCACAUUGCCCUCAUUAACCAUCAGCGAUGGCAUGUUAAUCGCUCAAAUGAUUCAGCAAAACGGUUCCCAUGUGAGGAAUGUGGAAAGGUAUUUAUGACACUAACAUUUUACUACAGACACCAACGAAUAGCUCACAGUGAAGAGACUCCUGCAAAGUCAUUUCUUCAUCAGGUGUGUCAGCUACAGAAGAAGGCAUUUGAAUGUCAACACUGUGGGCUAAAGUUUUCCAGAGCUUCUGCACUACACUCCCAUCAGCUCCAUCAUACAGAUGUUUUCACAGAAACGGAGAAGGAGGCCCAGACAUGUACAUCGCUUCUACCUCAGCCAAUAAUCUCGGAGACUAAUGUUAAGGAGGCUGAGAAGUUGGAGGCGGAAUUGGAGAAGGUCCUCCCUACAUUUGUUACUGAAGAAGACUCUCAUGUUAAUGAAACAGAUGAAGAUUUAGAGAGUUAUGAACCUGGGGACUUUAAUGUUCAGGUGAUCAGUGCAAGUGAAUCUGAAGAAGAACCCAUACAGGACCUGAAUCCUGAUCUGGAGCUGUUGUGUGAAUCUGAUCAGGAGGUACAAGACAACACUGAAGGCAGUCUUAUUUCAAAACCGGAAAUGGACUUGAAAAUUGUACAGAUUGAUUUUGAGCCAGCUGACGAGCAGGGUGCACUGAUGGCCACGGAGGUUAAGGUUAACAUGACGGGGGAAAGAUUUGAUUGCCCUGAGUGCUAUCGCUGGUUUUCUAGUGCUUCAUCACUGCGUGUUCACAGAAUGUGGCACAGUAUUCAUAAAAGAAAACAACAGGCUCAGUGUCAGUCAGUUGCCGUUUACAAAUGUGACACCUCUGACCAUGAAACCAGCAGCUAUGCAGCACACUGCAAUCACACACACAAUCAAAAGGAUCAAAAUACAAGCAGUGAUGGAUUGGACCAAGAAGAAGGGUUGGAGACGAGCAAUCUGACAUGCAGUGAGUGUGGUGAAUGUUUUGCAAGUAUGUCCGCAUUAGAGUCUCAUCAGUUACACCAUCCCAAAAGGAAACAAUUCCAGUGUCCUGGUUGCAUGAUGUCUUAUAUGCAUGCAGCUAGCUUGUUUAACCAUAUGAAAAACUGCUCAGCACAUAACCAGGAUACCAUUUCAGUCACUAAGAAAGAAUACAAUCCAAAGAAAACCCUCCUUGGCCCAAAGACUUUUCAUUGUGAACAAUGUGGGAAAGGAUUUUGGUCUUUAGGGGCUUAUUCCCACCACAAGCAAAACCGAACAGAAUGUGCAGAUUUAAGGCUAAGAAAAGGCGUAGGAUCUUCACACUCUGUAAAUGGUCAUCCUCGCUCCAGCAUUAAGGUUGCAUGUCCAGUGUGCGGCCGAAAGUUUCGGCACAAAGGUAUUAUGGCAUUGCACAUGCGAAAACAUGAAAACGGGAACCAUAAAUGUGAACUCUGCAACCGAUCAUUUCGUCUUUUUUCCAGCCUCCUUAGACACCAGGUGGUGCACAAUGCACAGUUACUUCCACCACCCUGCAAGUCUUUUCAGCACCAAGUGGAGCAGUUGAAAAAGAACACGUACAGUUGCCCAGAUUGUGGCAAGCUGUUUUCACGUGCCAAAGCUCUUCAGUUUCAUAUGAAAAGCCACGGAUAUGAGAAUGGACAAUCUCCAUCAUCACCACGAGCCACAGUCACACUGGAAGCUCUUCAGUGUGUAACAUGCCUUUCCCAUUUCAGCAACAAAGCCUCUUUGAGGUCUCAUCAGAAACAUUGCAUCAAGAGAGAAAGUCAAGCUCGUAAUUUUAAGACGGAACCUUCAGGAGAUGAUGAUGAUAUAAAACACAACAAUAGUAAUGUCACAACACUGGAAAGCUCUGAACUGUUAACUCUAGGCACCGUUAACACUGAAGCAAUAGAUAGGGAUGGGUUAAAUAUAAAAUUCUCUGCUGUAGGCAAUGUAAAAACAAAUUCUACUGAUUUGAAGUAUAAAUGUAAAAAGUGUGACAGAAGCUUCUCUGUGGUCGGGGCUUUGAAUUUCCAUAAACGAAUUCAUGCUGAGGGUUACAAAUCUGUGGCUAAGACAAAACUCACCAUGUCUGUAACGCUUAAGAAGCCUAAACAGGAGGAGGCAGUUAAAGGGCUGUUUCACUGCUCAGAGUGUGGGAGGCGAUUCAUGUCCAACUCUGCCCUUGGUUCCCACAAAAGAUGGCACAAAGAAAAGAAAUUUUCACGGCGCUUGCUAAAAGAUGACAAUAUGAAAUCAAUCAACUACAAGACAGAGGAGGGACUUUUUCAUUGCAACAAGUGUGGCAAACAGUUUUAUAACCGUUAUGUUCUUCAGCUCCACCAGAUAUUCAAUUCUCAGUGUCAAAUGAAAAGUGAGCCAAAGCUGGAUUCAACUAAAACUGUGGAGAGUAACAACACCCUGCAGUUUUCAUGUCCAGAAUGUGACAAGACCUUUGUGCAAAGGUCAUUUCUAGCUGCCCACUAUCAAAAUAAGCAUGGUAAGAUCUUGGACGCUGUAGAUCAUCAGGACGAAAAGCCUGUCCUAGUAAACCAGCUAGUUGAUAAGGAAGAUAUCGGUCUCGGUGGGCAAGAGUCCAGUUUGCUGAAACUGAAGCUAAACUCUCACCAGUGUCCCCUCUGCUCUAUGACCUUUGCCAAAGCUAGAGGUCUACGUGCCCACAAGUGGCAGGCGCACUCAAAGAACUUGAGAGGAAAAAUUAAAGUUCCACUGGGGAUGAAGAAGACAUGCAUUGACUCACCUGUAGAAACAGCAGCGAUGGUUGAUCACCCUGAAAUGAACAGCAGCCCUGUUGAAGGAGGGAGGAAAAAAACAAAGUCAGACCAAACGCCAGGAAAAUCUGUUUCAUGCCUUGACUGUGGGAAGCUGUGCAGCUGUCUUGGUGCACUCCUUGAACAUAGCAAAGUAUGCCCGGAGGCAAAGCAAGACUCUAUGCAGGAGGUCCAGACUCCUGAAGCAAUGGCUGAUGUGUUGCCACAAUUCAGCAAUCUUUCAAAUCAUGCUGCCAAAUGCCUCUUUAAGUGUGAUAAUUGUGGCAAAGCUUUCCAAACAGAAGAACAGUUAAGAGUCCAUAAGGCUAAGGCAAAGAGCCGUCCUUACUGCUGUGCCCUGUGCUGUCACGGCUUCUGGACUGAGAACCAGCUCCAGCAGCACCUCGUUUGGCACGAUGAAGUUCGCUGUCGUCUGCCAAACGAGGUUCGAUACAGGCUCAGCGCUGCUAUGACCUCAGCCUCUAAGCCUCUAAAAACUGAAAGACUUGCAAUGCACAACCACAACUGAACACAGAGAGUCGGUCACAGAAAAGCCAUAAGUGCCAACAACGUGGCAAAGCCUUUCUUUCACCAACUGCAUUACAAACACAUGGAGCCCUGCACUGUAAGUGAGUCGUAUCAUUACUCUGUUUGCCCCAGGACCUUCAGUCAAAUACAGGAUCUCAUUGCUCAUCACCAGGAAUGUAUCAGCGAUUAUAAAAGUGAGCAUAAUGCCUCUGCUGCUGUUGCAUCUGGAGAUGCCAGUGGCCUUACCUGCCUUGAAUGUGGAACUACUUUUUGUCAAGAAACUUAUUUGCACCAGCACAUACACACAGUGGAUUAAAGAACUAAAUGAAGGCAUUGAGGAUUGUUUAUUUUUGAAGUUGCCAAAUGUUUUUUUGUUGUUGGUUCUUGUAGAAUAGACGACAUAGAAUUUGUAUCCUCUGUUCUAUUAUAGGUUGUAUUGGAAAAAGCAGUGUCUUAGGUGAAUUUUCUGUUCUCAGGCUUUCUUUACACUGGACUAGUUUAUGUAGAGAUGUUAAAUACUUAGAACCAAGAGAACUUUAGAUGUAUAGUUUGAAGCCAGAUGUCAGAUGAACAUUAAUUUGCCCACUGGAUUAUAGUAGUUCAUAUUUAGAUGUAUAAUAAACUUUAAUGCAUGUCCACGUGAAUCUCCUUGUAGAUUUGAAAGCACUGCUCAUACAUUAAGUGAUGACAAUAUAUUUAAAUCAGCAAAAGAAAUUCUAAGGUUUGGCUAAAUGAAUUAAUCCUGUUUAGCAAUUUCAAACGAGAAAGUUUGUGAAUUGAUGAAUUCUAGUCAUGAGUCAUGCCAGCUACUACCAUAAAUUAUGUGUCACAUGUAUACAUUUUUUACCACAUAGUUUGCAUUGUUUGGUUAUUUAGCUCCCAUGUUCUUUUGUUAUUUCUAUGUUCUUAGAAAAAUAGGUUAUUUAGUGUUUAAUACUAAGAUAGUAUUCCUGACCAUGUAGGAGUAGACAUGUUGGUUUACUCUGCUCCCUAUUUAGUGGAGCAGUUAUUUCUAACAUUUCACAAUUUUAUUUCUUGAACAUCUCUAUUAUUUAGACUUUUCUUUUUUACACACCACUACAGUACUUGUUUAAUGUGAUGUUUCUGAACUUUCUGAGAAGCUUUCUGAGCAGCUUUCUGUUUCUGAGAGGCUACUAAUAAAACAAGCAAAUUUUGUGAGCAUUAUUGGGUCAUGUCAUCAAUUUAACUUCAGUUUAGCUUGAACUAAUUUUGACACACUAUCAAUUGCAUUGCAGCUUGUUUACAUUUAUAAUACAGUUUAUAAUAAUUUACUGACCACGUGAUCGACAGAAAAUCCCGUUUUAAAAUGUAAAUUUACUGCAAUUGCAGUGAAGUGCAGUUUUAGUCUUUUUACCUUUUAUCACUGAAGUAGUUAAUUGCUGCCUUGCCCUGUUUUAAUGUAUACUGCACAUCUUUAAAAAGCAGCUCUCUGUCAUAGUGUCUAACAUAACAAACUGCUAAAUGUAAACAUCACAUGGAACAUUUGUUUUAA